AUGAAGCUUAUUUUACUUGAUCAACUCUCAGGUGCAAGUCAUCUUUGUUUCAAGAGUUCAAUGGAAGAACAGAGAGCUAGUGGUCUUACAAACGGUGUGCUACAGUUUCACAAUGUCGGCUCAAAGGAAAUAGACAUAAGAAACCAGAUCUUCUGCAAUAGAUCAUUGAACAUGAAGAAUAUCAUUGCUGUAGGCUUUGAUAUGGACUACACUCUUGCCCAGUACAAGUCUGAAACUUUUGAGUCCCUUGCUUAUGAAGGAACUGUCAGGAAACUGGUUUAUGAUUUGGGGUAUCCAAAAGAGCUGCUGGAAUGGACAUUUGAUUGGAACUAUAUGGUUAGAGGCUUGGUGCUGGACAAAAAGAGGGGAAACAUCUUGAAGAUGGAUCGCCAUAAGUAUGUGAAAGUAGCAUACCAUGGGUUUAAGGAGCUCUCUAAGGAAGAAAAAGUUGAGAUUUAUGGCACUAGCCUAGUACGAGAAUCUUAUGAUGAGCCUGCCUACGCUCUCAUAGAUACUCUCUUUUCUUUGGCCGAGGCUUACAUGUUUGCGCAACUCGUGGAUUUCAAAGAUAAUAACCCAGAGAAAAUCCCCAAGGGCGUUGAUUAUGGUCGUAUGUAUAAAGAUGUGCGGUCUGCUGUUGAUUUGUGCCACCGUGAUGGAACUUUAAAGCAGAUGGUGGCAAAGGAGCCUCAUAAGUAUAUCAACGAGGAUUCUACGAUUGUACCUCUUAUAGAAAUGAUUAGAGAUUCCGGACGCUCUACCUUCUUGGUGACUAAUAGUUUGUGGGAUUACACAAAUAUUGUGAUGAAUUUUCUCUGUGGAGGACGCACUGUAAAUGGUCCUCUUGCUUGCAACUUUGAUUGGCUCAAGUACUUUGAUGUUGUUAUCACUGGCAGUGCAAAACCUGGUUUCUUCCAUGAGGAGAGUCGUGCCAACCUUUUUGAGGUGGAACUUGAGUCUGGAAUGCUUAUCAAUACUGACAAUGGAACACCUAUGACUCAGAUUGGAGAUCCUUCACCAAAAAUCUCACUGAAGAGUGAAGAUAAAGCCUGUCGAGUUUUUCAAGGUGGAAAUGUUGGUCAUCUUCACAAUUUGCUCUCCAUUGAAUCAAGUUCACAGGUUCUUUACGUUGGUGACCAUAUAUAUGGUGAUAUCUUGCGCAGCAAGAAAGUACUUGGCUGGAGAACUAUGCUUGUUGUUCCUGAACUGGCAAAGGAAGUUGAACUUCUAUGGGAACUGAGAGAUUGGCGUAAGAGACUUCUUUUGAUGAAGAAUGAGCUUGAUUCUGUUGAUGACAUGAUCCAUCACCUGAAUUGGUCCCUGAAAUUUGGAGAUGUUAAUGAGAAUGAUAAGCAUGAAAUGCUAUCAGCGGUGAGGGACUUAGAGUUUAAAAGAGACCAAGAACGACUAAAUCAUCAAGAAGCUCAAAGGAAAAUUCACCAGAAGUUUCACAAAGUUUGGGGACAACUUAUGAAGACUGGUUGCCAAAGUUCUCGAUUUGCUCAUCAGGUGGAGAGAUUUGCAUGCCUCUACACGAGUCAUGUCUCUAACUUAAGCAUGUACUCACCGGAAAAAUACUACAGACCAACCGAAGAUUUGAUGUCUCAUGAGUCCCACAUUCUUCCCCUUUGAAUAUUAAGCAAGAUGAGUUAAGCAAGACCCGUUUUGAAGGCAGAGAGCACUAUUAAGUAAUUUUUUUGGUUUGGUUUUGGGUGCUCAUUCUUAUUUUCUAUUGACAAUGUUUUGUUUUACUUUGCGGCAAGUUAGUGUUUCCAAAACUCAUUAAUCUAUUUUAUUAUGGCUUUUUGAACGUUACUAUUGUUAUAAUUACUUUGCGGCAAGGUACUGUUCUGUUUUAUGAGAAGAAAG